GGAGAGAGAGAGGCUGCAAUCUCCUCCCUGAAUCGCGCACAGCGCUGCAGAUCCCAGUGCUCUGACAUGCGGGCCGAAUGCAGGUGAGGAAAGGCACGGACUCUGCGGCUGCGAACCCAAACUUGGGCACCGCGCGGUGCGCACGGCUCAGCCUUCACCCCCGCGGGCGAACGGCUGCUGCGGUUUCAGGAGGCGGCUUCGAGACUAAUGACCUUGCGCAGAGUUGUUAAGAAAAAAAGAGAAACCCGAGCUCUCUGGGUGAGACGGGACCGACACUCAGGGCGUCUCUGAAGAUGGCUCGGGCUGCUUUUCCGCGCACGGGGGGAACCCGGACGCGGACCGCUGUGUGACUCGAGUCGUCUCCACUACACGGUGCCCGAAGCGACCUGCCGGGAUUUUUCAUUCUCGAUCUGUUGACUGGCUCCCCCGCUGCCUGAUCGGAGUCGGAGUUGAGACUGGCUUGUUGCUGGCCCUAGCACCUCUUGCAGGAAGCGACUCACGUUUGCCUGGGCAGUCGGAGCAGAAGCUGGGUCUGGAGUGAGUGGCUGGAACGUGAAUUGGACUCAACUCGAGUAGCAGCAAAGACGAGCGGGAUUGGCAGGCGGGGGAGGCUGCAGGCUCGCUCCCGGCCGCUUCCCGGCUCCACCGCCCGCCUGCCGGAGCGGUUCCAGCCCCAUCCGACUGAGCAGUGACGGGAGCCCGGGUUCCUCUGCCGGUUGCGGGUAUGACUCUGGGGGGGCGCCGAUCCCGCGGCGCGCAGUGUCCCGUGAACUGUGAGUACUGCGACUGAACGGCGGCUGGCUAGCGGGCGAUUAGCACCCAUUGCAUAAAUUAUGAAACAAUAACUUUCGGAAGAAGCAAGAGGAGGAAAAAAAAAGAAGGCUCUAUCUCUGGUACCCCCUGGCCGACUCUGGACGCUGCUCUUGCCCCCUCCCUACGUUCCCUCUUGCUUCUUCCCUUCCCGGAGAGGGGAGAGGACUGGGAGGAGGGCAGGCCACGGGCCUCAGAGGAGGGGGGCGCCAAGGGGCCGUAAUUAGAAGGAGCAGUAGCAGCAGCAGCAGGAGAAGAUGCUGAGGAUGCGGACCAUGGGAUGGGCGCGCGCCUGGUGUCUGGGCUGCUGUCUCCUCUUGCCGCUCUCGCUCAGCCUAGCGGCCGCCAAGCAACUCCUCCGGUACCGACUGGCCGAGGAGGGCCCAGCAGACGUCCGCAUCGGCAACGUCGCCUCGGACUUGGGCAUCGUGACCGGCUCCGGUGAGGUGACUUUCAGCCUCGAGUCGGGCUCAGAGUACCUGAAGAUCGACAAUCUCACCGGCGAGCUGAGUACGAGCGAGCGGCGCAUUGACCGCGAGAAACUGCCCCAGUGUCAGAUGAUCUUCGACGAAAACGAGUGCUUCUUGGACUUCGAGGUCUCGGUGAUCGGGCCCUCGCAGAGCUGGGUGGACCUGUUCGAGGGUCGGGUCAUCGUGCUCGACAUCAACGACAACACGCCCACCUUCCCGUCACCCGUGCUCACGCUCACGGUGGAGGAGAACCGGCCGGUGGGCACUCUAUACCUGCUGCCCACCGCCACCGACCGCGACUUCGGCCGCAACGGCAUUGAGCGCUACGAGCUGCUACAGGAGCCCGGGGGCGGCGGCGGCGGCGGCGGCGGCGAGGGCCGGCGCGCCGGGCCUGCCGACAGCGCCCCCUACCCCGGGGGCGGCGGGAACGGCGGGAGCGGCAGCGGCCCCGGGGGCUCUAAGAGGAGGCUGGACGCGCCAGAAGCCGGCGGCGGGACCAGCCCGGGCGGACGCAGCAGCGUGUUCGAACUGCAGGUGGCCGACACCCCGGAUGGCGAAAAGCAGCCGCAACUGAUCGUGAAGGGGGCGCUGGACCGCGAACAGCGCGACUCCUACGAACUGACCCUGAGGGUGCGCGACGGUGGCGACCCGCCUCGCUCCUCUCAGGCCAUCCUGCGGGUGCUCAUCACCGACGUGAACGACAACAGCCCCCGCUUCGAGAAGAGCGUGUAUGAGGCUGACCUGGCCGAGAACAGCGCCCCGGGGACCCCUAUCCUGCAGCUGCGUGCCGCCGACCUGGACGUGGGGGUCAACGGGCAGAUUGAAUACGUGUUCGGGGCGGCUACCGAGUCCGUGCGGCGGCUGCUGCGCCUAGACGAGACGUCCGGCUGGCUCAGUGUCCUGCACCGUAUAGACCGCGAGGAAGUGAAUCAGCUGCGCUUCACGGUCAUGGCCCGCGAUCGCGGGCAGCCUCCCAAGACAGACAAAGCCACGGUGGUCCUUAAUAUCAAGGACGAGAACGAUAAUGUGCCGUCCAUUGAAAUCCGCAAGAUCGGGCGUAUCCCACUCAAGGACGGGGUGGCCAACGUGGCCGAGGACGUUCUGGUGGACACCCCCAUCGCCCUGGUACAGGUGUCUGACCGAGACCAAGGCGAGAAUGGAGUGGUCACCUGCACCGUGGUGGGCGACGUGCCCUUCCAGCUCAAGCCGGCCAGUGACACAGAGGGCGACCAGAACAAGAAAAAGUACUUCCUGCACACCUCGGCCCCUUUGGACUAUGAGACCACCAGGGAGUUCAACGUGGUCAUAGUAGCGGUGGACUCGGGCAGCCCCAGUCUCUCCAGCAACAACUCCCUGAUUGUCAAGGUGGGAGACACCAAUGACAACCCGCCUGUCUUUGGCCAGUCAGUGGUGGAGGUGUACUUUCCUGAGAACAACAUCCCCGGAGAGAGGGUAGCCACGGUGCUGGCUACAGACGCGGACAGUGGGAAAAACGCUGAAAUCGCCUACUCGCUGGACUCUUCCGUGAUGGGGAUCUUUGCCAUCGAUCCCGAUUCUGGGGACAUCCUCGUCAAUACCAUGCUGGACCGCGAGCAGACUGACAGGUACGAGUUUAAAGUUAACGCCAGAGACAAAGGCGUCCCCGUGCUACAGGGCAGCACCACAGUGAUUGUUCAGGUGGCUGACAAGAAUGACAAUGACCCUAAGUUCAUGCAGGACGUCUUUACUUUUUAUGUGAAAGAAAAUUUACAGCCCAACAGCCCCGUGGGAAUGGUCACAGUGAUGGAUGCUGACAAGGGGCGCAAUGCAGAGAUGAGCCUAUACAUAGAGGAGAACAGUAACAUUUUUUCCAUUGAAAAUGACACGGGGACUAUUUACUCCACGAUGUCUUUUGACAGAGAACAUCAGACCACAUACACUUUCAGAGUCAAAGCUGUGGAUGGGGGAGAUCCCCCCAGAUCUGCAACAGCCACUGUCUCUCUCUUUGUGAUGGAUGAGAAUGACAAUGCUCCCACUGUCACCCUUCCCAGAAAUAUUUCCUACACUUUACUGCCACCUUCAAGUAACGUCAGGACAGUAGUAGCUACGGUGUUGGCAACAGACAGUGAUGAUGGCAUCAAUGCAGACCUUAACUACAGCAUUGUGGGAGGGAAUCCCUUCAAGCUGUUUGAGAUUGAUUCCACCAGUGGUGUGGUUUCCUUAGUGGGAAAACUCACCCAAAAGCAUUAUGGCUUGCACAGGUUGGUGGUGCAAGUGAAUGACAGUGGGCAGCCUUCCCAGUCUACCACGACUCUGGUGCAUGUGUUUGUCAAUGAAAGUGUUUCUAAUGCAACUGUGAUUGACUCCCAGAUAGCCAGAAGCUUGCACACCCCACUCACCCAGGAUAUAGCUGGUGACCCAAGCUAUGAAAUUAGCAAACAGAGACUCAGUAUUGUCAUUGGGGUGGUUGCUGGAAUUAUGACUGUGAUUCUAAUCAUCUUAAUUGUAGUGAUGGCAAGAUACUGCCGGUCGAAAAAUAAAAAUGGCUAUGAAGCCGGCAAAAAAGAUCAUGAAGAUUUUUUUACACCCCAACAGCAUGACAAAUCUAAAAAACCUAAAAAGGACAAGAAAAACAAAAAAUCUAAGCAGCCACUCUACAGCAGCAUUGUCACUGUAGAAGCUUCUAAACCAAAUGGACAGAGGUAUGAUAGUGUCAAUGAGAAGCUGUCAGACAGCCCAAGCAUGGGCCGAUACCGAUCAGUUAAUGGUGGGCCUGGCAGUCCUGACCUGGCCAGGCAUUACAAAUCUAGUUCCCCCUUGCCUACUGUCCAGCUUCACCCCCAGUCACCAACUGCAGGAAAAAAACACCAGGCCGUACAAGAUCUACCACCAGCCAAUACAUUUGUGGGAGCAGGAGACAACAUUUCAAUUGGAUCAGAUCACUGCUCUGAGUACAGCUGUCAAACCAAUAACAAAUACAGCAAACAGGUGGAUACAGUGCAGACCACGAAACCCCCUGGCCACAUUGAGGAAUCGUGUAAAAUGAAUCCAUUUCGUAGAGUGACGUUUUCUGUUGUGAGUCAGCCUCAGGACCCACAUCAGGGGUCACUGCAGAGUUGCUAUGACAGCGGGCUGGAGGAGUCAGAAACACCAAGCAGUAAGAGUUCAUCAGGGCCAAGACUGGGUGCCCUUCCACUCCCAGAGGACAACUAUGAAAGGACCACGCCGGAUGGCAGUGUUGGUGAGGCAGAGCAUAUGGAAAAUGAUUCAAGACCUCUUCCAGAUGUAGCCCUGACUGGGAAGUGUACCCGUGAGUGUGAUGAGUACGGCCAUUCCGACUCCUGCUGGAUGCCUGUCCGCACUUCUCCAGAGAGGAAGAAGAGCCAGCCCAAACUCUCCACUUUCAUGCCUGUUGAUGAACGAGGAAGCCAGGAAAAGCUGGCUAAUGGUGAGGCCGCCAUCAUGGGCGACCGCAACAGAAACCUCCUGAACAAAAAGUUGACCUCAUCCUAUGAGACCUUCAGUGCGGCUAGUUUCAGCAAAAAUGAGGAUGCCAACACUGAGGAUAUUCCCCUUACAAAAACAGGGGAAUACAAGCCAUCUCCUGUCAAUACUCUCACUAGAAGAGAAGUUUACCUGUAGGGUAUACAGAAGCAACAGCAAAGUUCUUUUCAUGUAUGAGAAGGAGAAUAAGGGGUGAAAACCUUACAAAAUGAAACCUUGUAAUCAAAAAGAGGGGGCUACCAAAGAGACAAAGCUUUGCCUGCCACUUCUGCCUCCAGAUCAGGCCUUUAGUGAGCGACACUGUUCAGCCUGAUUGAAAUGUACAAUGUAGAAACCAUCCUUGUUACUUGCAUGUCUAACCCCCUCACUGAUUCCCCAAACCCUCUUUCUCUCUUCCCCACCCCACUCCAAAAACCAGAAAAACAAACAAACAGAAAAAGAUGGUUGCAAGUUUCUUUCAUGGUAACAAGCCUGAUUAGCAGAACACACACACUCUCAUUAUCCCUAAGCUGAAACAUGAUUUUAGUCACUUUGAUUCAGUUUGAAUGUCAUCCAGUUGAUCAGAAAAAGCAGAUCAGGUGAAAUGUAUUUCAGACAUAUGAUCAGAAUAUGAGGAGUAAUGGAAGGCAAUCCUUCAAACAUGAUAGAGUCCCUCUAAUGGUACAGUCCUUACAGAGGAGAACUCCAGAAGAAGCGUUUAGGAGAAGAUCACAGCUUUAACAUUCUAACAAAGCCUGAAAAAAUAAACAAUACCCAGUCAGAGACAGCAGUCCCAAAUUGGCAUAGGUUGUUUUUCUCAAGUCGGGAGCAUCAACGUCAGUUCCAUACAUCUACUGAAUAUUCUUAGUAUACAUGCUACUUUGAUCACAUGAAUUACACUAGUUAUAACUUUUAAAAACUAUAUAUGUUUUUGGAAUGGCACCACUAUUAUCAACUAACAGGAACAAUUGUAUCAUUAAAAGGCCAAAGAUCAUAAGGCAGAUCAGGGAAAUCAUGGAGUAGAUUUGGUCUUGAUGUGGAAAUCCAUUAAGCAACAGAAGUCACUGAACCCAGGCACACAGAGGAAACCCUCAAAAGCCAGUUUAUCUUACAUUUUCUCUGUACCCAGAAAGCAUGAAUUUUCUUUGAAAGUUCAGAAACGGAAAAGCCAAUGAGACAUAUGUUUGGUACUAUAAUAGGCAAUUAGUUGAGGUUAAAGUUUAGUUUUGAAAAUAUUAUCAGGGAAGAUUCUACUUUUUAAUAUCAUAUUUAUGGGUAGGUAGGAAGAGAAAGAUACAUUGGCAUAACAGUCUUAAUUAAGUUUACUAUCAUCAUUUGAGAAUCAGGUUGUACUUACUGGUCUCAUCCACAUUUGAAAUAACCAAGUGCAUUUUUUUACAUGUUCAGUGUACACUUUCGAGUAACAAAAGUGCAUUAAUUUUGCAUUAUGUGCAAUAUAGCACUAUCUCGAGACUCACAACUUUGAAACAAGGUGACACCCCUAGUUGACUUUGUCACUAAUGUGAUUUUGAGCAUUGUUUAACAUAUCUCUUUAACUAAUCCAGACUGAACAUGAAAGAAAUGAGUUCUGGGCAGUGACAUGUCUCAUGGUAUACACAUCUCAAAGUUCAAAAAUAUGCAGUCUUUUUUUUUUUCCUUCAAUGUAAUAUAAAGAAACAGAAUAUGCAGAUUUUAGGGUCACUUCCUCUCCGGAGAAUUUAAUACAAUGGGGAACUAAGCUGGGCAUUCAGAAAAAGUGACAAUCCAGGGACAGGCUAGGGGAUAACAGGUGAAGAGAGCAAACAUUCGGGUUACUGAAUGUUUGUAACCUAGUUAAGGUAUAGCCUUGAUGGCUCUUUAGCAAACUAGAAACAAUGUAGCUCUGGGUAGUUUCAUGCUUUGCAGUAUUUCUUAGACUACAAAGUAAAGCAACCUGGUAUACAGGUUGUUAAUUCACUAUAGGUCAUCAAAAUGCUUAUCUUUGAAAAUCACUUCUCUGUUUGGUGGGGUACUCUUUGGGGUCAUUUCCUUAUGCUCUUUCUUAAAUGGAGUUUUCAUUUUGAUGUUAGUUUAUGUAUAAUAGGAUGAAAGAAGAUAUGUAAUUGAAGAAAAAAAUCAUUGGACUAAAAUAUCAAUAACUGAAAAUGUUUAUGGUUGAUUAUUAUUUACAUUAUGGAAAGAUGCAAUUCUAGUACUUUGUUAGGAAACUGCAUUAAAGCAGUUCUGCCUUGUAUAAUCUGUAAGUACCUAUUAAGACAAAAUACUUCUAAAGAUACUUAUGAAAUGUAUACAUAUUUUUUCUUGCACGUUACAAAGGAAAUAUUCAAUUGCAUAACACAGGUGUGCAACAGACUUUUUUUAAUGCAUUUUUUCCCUCUCAUGAUACACUUCAAACAUUAGAUAGCUCAUUUCACUCUAUCUUAAAACCCUUCUGUUGUCUAUAAAGCUAAUACGGGUCAUAUGGGACCUUUGGAUUAAUUGGAUCCACAUUCCCCAAUGACAUUUGCACCACAUACAAGAUAGCCAUGUCAUCAUCAUUUAACUCGUGAGCCUCUUUAGAACUAAAAUGGGUGUGAAAGAAUAAAAUUCAGUGUACUGUAAGUAUUCGCAGUAAUUCUAGUAGAAUUAGCUAUCAUAACAUGUUUAUUAUUAUAAUGAGCUGGCAUGACACAGAAAUCUAUUUUGUGUUUGUAUGACUUUUAUUUUGAAUAGGUUGAAUCUGGUGCCACUCCAUAUAUAGAGUGCUUUUGAAAAAAAUCUAUAAAAAGAAACAAAAAAAUAAUAAAUGAGUGAAUGCAAAAUAAGCAACUGUGCCUUUUAUACCUGUUGUUAUGGUAAAAAAACGGUUGUUGGGUUUGGACAAUGAGGGGAAAUGGGCUAUUCCCAACUUUUUUGAUCCUAUAUAUUUAUCCAUGCUUAUUUUCUGAAAAUAAUAAAUAAUAUAUUAAAAAUUUGCCUUCUGACAAACUCAGAUAGUGGACCAGUCUUAAAUAUCAUUCAUUCGUAAAAUUUAUAUGGGCUGCUUAAUUUGGUCUAGAAGGCUAAUGCGUUUAUUGUAAUAGUAAUACAGAAAGAGAUUAUCAGGGAUGAAAUCAGUCCAUUUUGCAAGGUAAAAUACUGAUUUACCAUUUAUAUUCUUUCUUCUUUUGUUGUUAUUUUUCUUUUAGCUGCUGUUUCAUUUUGGUUGUGCACUAUAUAAACCAUAUUUCUUUUCUGUACCCAAGAAGGUCAAGUGAACUUUGCAUGCAUUAUACAUUAGGACACAUUUAUAAAUUGAGUAACUAUAUCAAUUUAUGUGUAUUAAAACAUCUUUAGCUUCAGUCUAAAAUCUGAACCUCUGAGGUUCAUUCUGAACCUCCAGAUAGCAUUAUGGUUUCUGACUGGCCUGCUGCCUGUGUUUCAGAAAACAAGAGAGGCACUAUUUUUAUGGGAAGAAAAACGAAGAUGGUACUGAAGAUGUCUGGCUGAAAGGUUACCCUAGGAAGCUGUCUUAUAGGAAAAUAAAACAGAGACAUCAGAAGAAACUGCCAAGAAUCAAACAGCUAUCCUAAAACAGACAUGAGAAACCUGAAGACCUCAACAGUUUUAGGUAUAUUGUAUCAGCAGUAAAUAUAAGACGAGUUCUUAAGGGGGAAAAACAAAACAUAACAGUGAAGAUGAUCAUAAAUAUUGUAAAGUUGUUAGUUGUGACCUAGCAGAGGUAGAUAUAACAUCUGGAGGAAGGCAUCAUUUUUUCAGCUACCUAGGGUUUACUUUCAGACAAUUUUUCCUACAUUUUAAAGCACUUGCAUUCAGUGUGGUACGAUCUGUUUGUAAUGUUGAUCAUUGACUAUUGUUCUGCUACUUGGAUGUUGAUAGUGAAGCAGAGGACAAUUUAUCAUCGUUUCUUAUGAAUCACUAUGCACGCAACUAUGCUAAACAUGGCGAAAUGUAUUAAACACUCGUCCAACUAUUUAUGAAAUACUUUACAUAAUUUAAUUUGCUUUUGUACAGUUUUAUGUAAAUAAAUUGCUUGUCUUUUUUGUCUCUGCAAAUUAAAAUAUAACAUGGUCAAAUGGUUUCA